UAAACUUUUUUUUUUAAAUCCAUAACAAUGGUAUUUCUACUGAAGCUUAUCAUCGUGCGUGUAGUGACCGUUUUGUCCAUCUAAAAACUAGAAAGUUACCAGUUUUAAGAGUAUAUUCAUCACCGUGAAUUCCAUUUCUAUCCCAUUAAUAUUCAUAACCGUAUUAAUACAUUAUUACUACCAAAAUCGUAAUUGAAUUUGAUCUAUAGUACCUUUUCCGAUGGAUAACUUUGGAGAUAAUUUUGAUGAUGGAGAUGUUGAUCCUGCUGCAGAAUUUUUGGCCCGUGAGCAAACACAGCUUGCUGGGUUAGAAGAUGAUCUUAAUACAGCAAAUAUACCAAUUGGUGUUACACAAACAUUAUCCAAUGGCUCAGGAAGCAGCUUUGAAAUAAUAGAUAGUGCAGAAAAUCAAUUGACAAACACUGCAAAUGAAAAUGGAUUAACAAACGGCACAGCUACACAUAGUGAUGACGAUACGCCAUCACCAGUUAUUACCCCAAAAGUUGAGCGAGAAGAACCUGAGAAGAUAAAAAAGUGGCGUGAAGAACAAAAAACUCGACUCGAAGAAAAAGAUGCCAAUGAAGAAAAAAAGAAAGAGGAGUUGAGAUUAAUUGCAAAAAAAGAGUUGGAAGAAUGGUACAAGAUUCACAAGGAACAGAUUGCAAAAACUAAAGCUGCUAACCGUGAAUCUGCAAUUAAUGCUGAAAAGCAAUUUGUUGCUGAAUCUGACGAUAUUGAACCAGGAACAGAAUGGGAUCGUAUUUCAAAACUUUGUGAUUUUAACCAAAAAUCAAGUCGUGCUAGUAAAGACGUUACACGCAUGCGAUCUAUUAUACUUCAGUUAAAACAAAUACCACUAAAGAAACCUUUACCAACUAAGUGAUUUAAUUUUACAUUUCUCUGUCAUUCCUAAAUGUUAUAAAUUAUUUAUUCUCAAGUAUUUUUUAAAUGACAGUUAAACCUAUUACAUUAUAAUGCCUAUUAUUAUUACCAUAAUUCUUUUUUUCUUUCGUUUACUACAAUAUAUUAUAUUUGAUCAAUUAUAUUAUUAAUUAAUUACAUAAAAUCAUUCUUUGUA